AUGAUCAUGUGGAUGGAUGGUAACGAGGAAAAUUGUGAAAAUAUUAAGUUGCUUAUGGAGUGUGUUGAUAGGCUAGUCCUUUUAUGUAAGGGCAAAUUAGGGUCCUAUAACAUAAACGGGCGGACAAAGGGAAUGGUUGCUUGUUAUCCUGGUAAUGAUACAAAAUAUCUUCGGCACAUAGAUAAUCCAAAUGCUGAUGGUAGAUGUAUGACGUGUAUUUACUACAUUAAUAAAGAUUGGAAUGUUGAAACUGAUGGUGGUUUAUUACGGAUUUUUCCUGAAGGCCAAGAAACUGUUGCCAACAUUGUUCCUAAAUUUGAUCGUCUUCUUUUUUUCUGGUCGGAUCGCAGAAAUCCUCAUGAGGUCCAAGCUGCCAAAAGAUGCCGUUAUGCAAUUACUGUUUGGUACUUUGAUGCUGAGGAGAGAGCAGCUGCUAUGAAGAGACUUUCAGGCCAAAACAACAACAACAACAACAACAACAAUAGCGGAUCAAAGAAUUUGACAAAUCAGACAAACAAACAAUAA